AUGAGAUCUCUCUUUAAACUCGUGGUACUGCCGAUUCUUUUAUUCUGUUGUUCUUUAAAUGUUUGUCUUGGAGUUAUCGAGAAAAGUUUGGUGGAAAACAAUACACAAACUUUAGGAGACGAUGGAUUGCGGCAAGGUCGUCCCAGUUCAGUCGUGGUUGAAACUGUUCCCACCUAUUCGUGGGAAUUUCGUUCAAAAAAUGAAAAAGACAUUAAAUUUACGAGUGGUGGACUAUAUCAAGCUACGAUUUCCGAGACAAAAAAGUCUCAAAUAAUAUGUGACUUGAAAAUGGGUGUUUAUGCUCACGACGAGGACACUGAGGUCGAAUUCAACAUAACGAAAGGGAACGCUGAGGGGACAUUCACUGUUAGUUCCAAGCGCGUGGAAGACUUCAUUUUUAUGGAAAUUACAGCUGAAAGAAAACUAAAUCGCGAAGAAGAUGGAUAUUUCUUGCUCACUGUGGCAGCCCAGCAUCCAGAAACAAAUGAAGUACUAGAUAUGACUGAGGUGAAUGUGAACGUCCUAGACUUGAAUGACAAUUUACCAAAAUUUUCACGUCUGUUUCAACAUGUGACUGUAGAGGAGGACAUUCCUCUACACACUUCAGUUGCUCAAGUGGUUGCCAACGACGAAGACAUGGGCCCAAAUGGAUUGCUCUAUUUCUCUUUUAUUUCAAAAUCCCCCUUCUUCGCUAUUGACCCAAUCUCUGGGGUUGUAACUGUAACGAGAUCUUUGGCCGGUAAACGGAGAAGAAGCUAUGGAUUACUAGUAACCGCACGAGAUCGGACUUUGCCGUCUUCAAAAGCGCAGUCAGCGAAAGCAAAGCACAAUAUCACCGUUACAGUAAGGCCCGUGAACAGGUUUUCGCCAGAGAUCAAGGUGAAGUUUCAGCUUGAAAAGAUCAUCGAAGGAAACAGCGAUAUUCGUUUUGCGGUAAUUCAGGUUUCCGAUCAAGAUAACGCAAACGGUGGUGAAAUUAACAAAGUGAGAAUCACUUCAGGAAACAUGGAGGGACAUUUUAAAAUCAGACGCUCACAGGAUGCUUCGGACGAGUUUUGGAUCGAUGUUGUGAAGCCACUAGAUCGUGAAAAAGCACCAAACGGCUAUAAACUGGUUAUUACAGCCUUUGACAAAGGCUCCCCGCCGCGCAGUGGAACCGUUACGUUACGUGUUUUGAUUGAAGAUGCUAAUGACAUCAAACCGGCUUUCAAUCAAAGUCUCUAUGAGGCCACCAUUUCCGAAUUAGCGCCGUUGUACACCUCCGUCGUUCGUGUAUUUGUAGACGAUGGUGAUUUAGGCAACAAUGCAAAAGUUUAUUACACUCUGCGUGGAGGACACAGUAAAAACUUUCGUAUAGACCGCGAAACAGGGCUCAUAACUACCACAGGGCACUUAGACUAUGAAACAAAACCAGUAUUAGAAUUUGACGUGUGGUGUUUUCAGUCCGAUUCGUCGAAGCAAAUGGCCAGUGCAAGAGUCUCUGUUAAUAUUGAGGAUGCAAAUGACAAUGAUCCAGAGUUUGAAAAUCCAUCAUAUUCACUGGAAUUUUUUGAAGAUUCGAGACCUGGAACAAAAUUACCACUAACAGUCAGGGCAAAUGAUCCAGACAGUGGAAGUAAUGGAAAGAUUCAAUACUCAAUCAUAAAUAGGGAGUCACUUCCAUUUGCCAUUGAUUCAGAGACUGGAGAUAUUAUCUCAUUAACAUCGCUGGACAGGGAUGUAGGAGUACCAGAGUUUAUUACCCUUAAGAUACGGGCAUCAGACUUUGGAGAGCCAUUCAGAAGGGAGUCAGAGACUUAUGUACACCUCCACAUCAAGGCCAAUAAUGACAAUCAACCUGUGUUUGAAUAUUUCCGGUGUACUAUAAAGAUCAGUGAAGAUGCACCAGUAGGAACCAUCUUAACCAGUCUUACAGCUGUUGACAUUGAUGUUGGUGAAUCUGAAGGACUCGUCUAUGGGAUAGACCCAGUUGGAAACACAGAUAAAACUUUUAGCAUCAAUCCAAGUACUGGACAGUUAACAACUGCAAAAUCUCUUCAAGGUGGUGAAAAAGAGUUUUCUCUAUAUGUCACAGUGACUGAUUCUGCACUGAAGUCAAAGCAUCCGGUAACUCUUAAAAUCAUGGUUGUUUCACCCCAGACUGCUACUGAAUUUCUAAACUAUGUUGAGACAAGAUGCAGUGUUUUUCCUCAUUACCUCAAAGCUGUGGAACAUGUAAGGAAACAAGGCAACUUCAAACCAUCUUAUCCUUCAAUUGAAAAAGUACCUGCCAAGCCAACCAAUAUAAACUAUCCAAGAUUUCAUUUGCACAAGUCUGUCAUUGAAGUCAGUGAAGAUGUAGCUGUGAAAUCAACCAUCAUGAAAUUCUCUGCUACUGAUGAUGAUCAGGGAUACAAUGGUAUGAUUUUGUACUCCAUAGUAAGUGGUAACAUUGGCAGUGCAUUCAAUAUAGACAUGCAUACUGGAGAGCUUUACAUAGCUUCUUUGCUAGACAGAGAAACCAUGAGAAAGUUCAGAUUGAACAUAUCUGCCACUGAUUGUGGCUCUCCUGGUAAAACAGCUCAUACAGUCAUCUAUAUAAAUGUUAUCGAUGUGAAUGACAAUGCCCCUGUCUUUGAACGGGACAUUUAUGAAGUUAGUAUACCAGAGAACAUCACACGUGGACAGACAGUUGUUGUAGUGAAUGCAACAGACAUGGAUGAUGGUGAAAAUGGAAGAAUUCAUUUUAAAUUGUUGAAUGACUUUGGAGAGAAGUUCAGAAUAGAUUCCAGAACAGGUCGAUUGUCAGUUGCCUAUGCACUUGAUUAUGAAGACCGCGCAAAGUACAGCAUAGAAGUACAAGCAUUUGACAACUCUCCAACAUCCCAGAGGAUGGUAUCUGCCAUGGUUAUUGUAAACCUGGUGGACAUAAAUGAUAAUGCACCUGCAAUAGUUCCAAGAACUUUUAAUGUUUCCAUUCCUGAAGACCUCCCACCAGAGAGUGUUGUGGCUGCAAUUUCUGCAGAAGAUCCAGACACAGGGUUAGGAGGAGAACUUGAAUUUUCUUUUGUGGACAACCUCAAAAGAUUCAAGAUUGAUUCUGGAAGUGGUGUGAUAAGAUUACGUCGCCAUGUGGAUUAUGAACAGGAAAAUGUGUAUAACUUGAAAGUCAAAAUCAGUGACAAAGGGACACCGCGCCUAUCAUCAUUUGCGGAUGUAAACAUUAACAUUCUUGAUGUAAAUGAAAACAAUAUUGCCCCAAUAUUUCCUGGGGUGAGUCUUUUAAGGGCAACUGUGUCUGAGAACAGCCCUGUUGGAACUUCUGUUCUGAAGGCAGAAGCCUUUGAUAGUGACUCAUGGUAUGUGAGCUAUUUUAUCAUUGAUGGAACAGGAGUUGAUAAGUUUGAAAUUGGCCGUGAAAAUGGCAUCAUCAGAACCACAAAAAUGCUUGAUUGUGAGGAAAGUGAUCAUUAUUGGCUGCACAUCCAGGUAAAAGACCGUGAAAUGUCUCCACUACACACCAAUAUUCCAAUGUUGAUUACUGUGCUGCCAGUCAAUGAUGACCCCCCUUAUUUCAACCCUGCUAUUUAUUUUCCAUCUGUCAUUGAAAAUGCUGCACCAGGAGAAAGUGUUGUGACUGUGAAAGCUCAUAAUCCAAGUUCAGAUGGAUCUAACCUGCUUUAUUCUAUCAAAAGUGGGAAUGAGGCUGGUAGGUUUGCCAUUGAUAGGAAGAGUGGCCUCAUUACAACAACCACAUCUCUUGAUCGUGAAGAACAAGAUAAGUAUGAACUGGAAGUCAAGGUGUCUAAUGGUGACAACCCACCAAAAUCUGCAUAUAUUACUUUUCCAGUGACAGUUGCUGAUGCUAAUGACAAUGGUCCUUACUUCUUGAAAUCCUUCUAUGAUGUUUAUUUUAAGAAGCAGGAUGAUCCUUCAACUUCUGUUGAGAUCUUGAGAGUUGCAGCGGUGGACAAAGAUAUCAGCAGCAAUGCUGAUCUGACCUAUGGGCUUUUGUAUCCAUCAGAAAUCAGUCCUGGACAGUUGAAAAUUGAUCCAAAAACUGGUGUCAUCUCUGCCAAACUUUCCUGCCAAGGUGAGAAUUAUCUUGAGUUUGAAGUCAAUGUUACAGAUGGUGGAGUACCCCCAAGAUCUGCAUCAGUUCCUGUUUUCAUGGAGUACUGCAUGUCAAAGAACCCACCUAGUUCUAACCCACCCCGGUUCAGGCAAAAGGUCUACAAGAAGUCAUUUAAAGAAGAUGCUGAGGUUGGAUCUGUUGUGGAACUUGUUUCUGCCCAUGAUUCUGAUGGUGACUCUUUGACAUACUCUAUUAUCUCAGGAAACAUUGGAAACAAAUUCCUAAUUGACAAAGCUAGGGGCGAGGUAACCAUUGCCAACAAACUUGAUCAUGAAGAAGCCAGUUCUUAUACUUUGACAAUCCAGGUAUCUGAUGACUAUAACACUAAAACAACAUCUUUGGAAAUUGAAGUUGAGGAUGUCAACGACAACUCACCAGUGCCCUUGAUGACAGAGUAUCAAGUUCAUAUUCCAGAAGAUGCCAAAAUUGGAUCAAUACUGACCAAAGUUGAAGGUAACAAUUAUUGCUCUUUGCCAACAGAUACUUUUCAAUGUAUACUGAUUAUUAUUAAUCAUCAUAGUCUUCCUCUGGUGUACCUGGAAUUGAAGAAAAAAAGUGUUGUGAUGUGAUGGGAUCACUAUCUGAAUUGUUGCGAAAGCCAGACCUAAUAGUGUUAGUUUGCAAACAUAACCUCUUGCAUGCCCAGACCACAAUCAUAUACUCCUCAGGAAAGCUGUAUUAACAAACAUUUAAGGACAAGUAAGAUAAAGCUAAUUAUCCUUUGACUUUUACAUCAAUUUGACAGCAACUGAUGGAGAUGGUGGAGCCAGUGGGUCUGUAAAGUAUGCCAUUGUGGGCUCAGUCAAACAAAAGUCCAUUUCAUUGUUCAUGAUCCAGAGCUUAACUGGCAACAUCAAGACAACAAAGCCUCUGGACUAUGAAGAUUUGAAGGAGCAUACUCUUAUAAUUGAAGCCACAGAUCAAGCAACUCCCAAGAGACAAAGUCUCUUUACCAUUGUGAUUAAAGUGGAUGAUGUGAAUGAUCACAAGCCCAUGUUUGUUAGAUCAGAGUUCAAAGCUGAAGUGAAUGUUGAUGCCUCCAUUGGCACUCCCAUUAUCAAAGUGUUUGCAACUGAUGAUGAUGAUGGUACAAAUGCAUUGCUUAAAUUUUCCAUCAAAGGUGGAAAUACAAAAGAUGCAUUUUACAUUGAUCAGAAUUCAGGAAUUAUACAAGUAGCGGCAAAAUUAAGUAGUGCUAUUGAUGAAUACAGUCUUCAAGUGCAGGUGUCAGACAGUGGAAUCCCAACUCAAACAGCUGAAGUUGAAGUGAAGGUGAGUUUAGAUGGCAUUCUUUUGUAUAUCAGAUAUUUUAAAAUGUUGUUGAAAUAUUUUUACUUCAGUGCUAAAUGAGAACAAUAAGGGGGGAUUUCCAACUUCAGAGGAGUGGCAUAGCUGGUAGAUUUGUUAUGUUGGGGGUUUCUUUAAGAUUUAGUGUCAGGAAGUCAGCCUCAGGAGACUUCAGUGGGCAGAAAAGAUCAUAUGAAGUGAAUAUGUUUAUGACCAACUUGAACCACUGGCACCUGUUACCCUCUGUGCAAUGCAAGCCCUGGUUUUCAGGUUUUCUCUGUGACACCUUGUCUGUUUGCCUGAAACUUUGUGGUUGUUAAAGCUAGUUUGAAAAAAAUUUUUCUGUUGUAUUCAUUUUUACUAACAUGUAUUAUAUUUUCAAAGUGUUUGUUUCAUGGGCCUUGUUUGGUCUAUGUGUAGGGUUUUGGGUUUCACGACUUUAUUCCAUGUACCAUUCUAAUGUCAAAUAUUCUGGUCAAAUCUACGAUAAAGUUCUGUUUUUCUCAUUAACUAGAUUCUAUUUCCAAAAUGUCUUUAGAUUUUGGUAAGAGGCAUUAACCAGCCUGUUGAAUUCGAGCGACCUUUAUACCAAGCUUCAAUCAAAGAAAAUCAUCGUCCUGGUCAUCCAAUUAUUAACGUGAUAUUCAAUGGCAGCUUGCCGUCUUAUGAGUUUGUGCCUCAGGAUAACGCCUGCUGGAAAGACUUUGAUAUCAACCGGAAAACUGGGCUAGUUACUAACAAGGUAAACAUCACAUAGUUAUUGACUUUUUCCAGUGAACCUGCUGAGAAAAGGUUCGAUUUGUUUCAACUUAACAGUAUGUUACAUGUUGAAGAUUUUUCGUGUGCACAGCAGUUCAUUUUGUGAACGUGAUGCUAUUAUUAUUUGGCAUGCAGCAGAUGAAAGGAUUUCCUCUCUCGAAGUUAUUAAAUUAACAUUACAUCAAUUAUUUAACGCAUCGCAAUAUGAGUAAUAUUUUUACGGUGAAAGAACCUUUUUGGCCUUCUUAUUUGUUUAAUUGCUCAAGGAGGUAACUUUAUAAAGGCAGCUAGAUUGUUCGAAAGCCUGAACUGAUCAGUGUUUAGUCCGGCACUGACCCUAACUGAUUUCCUUCUAAAACCUGCUAAAACUUAAAGUAUAUUUAAAAGGUUUAAAGACAUAUUUUGUGAAGUUAAUCAGUUGCUGACAAUCUCUUGUGGCACGUGAUUUGCCUAGUACUGUCUUCCUUUUCUCGUGAAAUACGGUUGGACUCAAAGGAAAAAACUAAUAUGGACAAUCUGAACUGUUACCAAAUACAAUUCAUUUUAAUGCAAAAAAACAAGUACAGAAACUUUAAGCUUUAAAAAGUCAUUUCAAUAUCUUAUGACAUUAUCAAGUUACAGGUUGUCGUUGCCAAAUUCUUUAAUUUCGGGGGGUAAAAGCGUGUUUAUUGUUAAGAGGUAAAUGGUUAUCUUUCAAUUGGAAAGAGUUACAUGAUCUUUUGAUUACAACUACAUAAAAGGUCUUUGUAAACAGAACUUAGCCGUACGAAGCGGGAAAUUCCGGUGAAUUGAUCUACAGCAUUUCUCCUCAGGCUAAAACAAAAAUAGAUGUUUCAUUAUCUGGAAAUAUGUGAAAACUGUCUUUGAGUAACAACUUGAAAUGGCUCGCGCGACUGUUUUAGACCCUGCUGAGUAUGAACAGAAAGUCUUAAGAUUUUAUUCGUUAAUCUUAUUGCAAGGUGUACUUUGAACAUAUUAUUUUAUCACUUAAUGGAAGAGUAAUGAGAUUGUUGUCACAAAAGUCGAGUUCUUGAAGCAAAUUAUAAAGUUACUUAGCAUCAAGCAUUAUGACGCAAAGCUCUCAAGAUUAAGUGAGAUUGAUUUCCGUUUGCAAAAUUCUUGUCGUUGCUCCCUAGAAUUCUAUGCUAGUAAAAUAUUUUCAUUUGCGCCAUUUCAUCUUAGAAGCAUGUGCUGUUCUUAUUCUUUAAAUGUUGGCGCAAGAAUGUUAAGAAAAAAAAACAGUUGCAUACUGGACUUUAUUAGUUAAUUGUCUCGCGUGGUUGCGUUCCGUGAUAAAUUGCAGGAGCUUUAUGGGUAUGCGUUGAACUGUAAUCCGACAUUCCCUCACCCUAGUAACUCAUAGCACGUUCCAAUUUAUUAUGGUUUUCAAAUAAAACAGACAAAAAUUGCUACUUUAAGAUAAAAAGUCAUCCACUGACCACCAAGGCUCAGUGAAAUGUUUUAGACUUUGCUUGAACCGUUAACAACGAUAAGUUACGCUUUUGAUUGUUGCAUGACUUGGGGCUGAUUGAUCAUCUGUUCGUCAUCGCCUCUUUGGCGUCAUUGACAAAGGUCAUCUUUUCCACAUGAGACUUAUCUGCCGAUUGAACCUUCUAGAAUGCAUUUCUGGUUUUAUCAGUCCUUAAAAUAGCAUGUUGAAUGAACUUAAAGAGUCUGAACGUUUAUGAAAUGAUUUUCAUCGUGACAAGUUUUUGAUUUUCCCUCGCGUGAUGUUUUUGUAACUUUUUGCUUAGCAGCUCACCAAAGGUCAUUGUGAAAUUUUUACGUGUGCGCUUGAUUGUUAUAAAAUAUUUUUAGCCCUUAAAUCCGCUUAACAGAGAAAGGUUGUGACACUGAAUGAGUUUUUAUUUUAGUUUAGGUUGUCAAAUUCAGUUCGAGUCGAUACCAAACGAGGAUAUUUUACUUUUUGGAUAUCAAUAGUUUUUCAUUAGAAGUAUUUUCGUGUUUGUUUCUCCAAAUGGUUACAUAUUCGUGGGUGUUCUGAUAACAAUACCAGUAAAAAUAGAGACAGAUGUUCUUCUGUUCACCCGAAGGUGUUGUUUUUUCUAUAAUUUGAAGAGGAUGUUCGUGAUCUGACAAAGUGUUCUUUUUUCAUUUGGUGCGCCAGUCUCAAAUCACAUUACAGUUUUCAUUGCAAAGUCAUUAAGUCGUCAUAAGUCUAAAUCAUGACAAAUGGGCGUAAAUUGUUAACCUCUUGAAAUCGUUAUAUUUUGGAAAAUUAUCAGCUCUUCGACGUUGUUUCUCGACCCUCGGUCCCUUUCUUUCCUUUCUCUCGAAACUUGAUAACAAAGCAAAUAUUAGGCCGGCAACCUGACGCUGCAUGUUAAAGACUACUUUGAAUUUUGUUAUCUGUUCUACUUUCUUUGGACGAAGAAUAUGUUUUUAAAUGACUCUGAGUGUUUUUUGAAAGGUACUAUCAUACUACGUGUCUCACUUAAGUUAUUAUAAGAAAUAAGUGCAACAAGCUGCCACAAUUUUAUUUUCACGCCGUUUCAGUGGAACCAAAUUUAGAAGUAUAUUGGUAUAUUCCCGGCAGGGUUUACUGUAAUCAAGUUCAUUUUUUUGUCUGCUUCUAAUGGUAAAUUACUGUAAAAAAGAGCAAAAUUAGACUGUAACUUUCCCAUCAUAACUUGGAAACUAUCACAUUAGAGCAGAAAUGUUAGAAAUGUUUCGAGUUGGUGAGCAACAAAACAGAGGAGACAAAUUCGGGAAAAUGGAAGAGGAAACAAACCACAUUUGUGACGCAAAGCAAUUUUCAGCUAUUUUAUAUGGUUUGAAUCUAACCGCGACUUUUGCUUUUAGAAACCUUUCGAUGCUGAAGAGCUUACUGAGUGCAAGUUCUUAAUUCGUGGAACCAGUAGCGAUGGAAAUGGACAGACUCAACUGAUUGUUAAAAUAAUCGACGAGAACGAUCAUGCGCCGGCAUUUAGCCAACUGCUCUACCAGGGACACAUCAAGGAAGGCUUACCUGAAGACUCGCCUGUAAUUGGUGGAGAUGGGAAAGCACUUGCCAUUCAAGCCAGUGAUGCCGACGUCAGCGGUAGUGAUUUGAUGUACGAAGUUGUUGGAUGUUCGAUGUUCACGAUUGACUCACAAUCUGGAGAACUGAUGACAGCAGAGGUAAAGAGAAUAUUGCAGGAAGAAUUUCAUUUAGGAGGUCUGGCUCUAGAAGUUUCUUGGUCUGCUGGUUAGGUUUUGUAAUUUGGCAAGGCGCUUUACUCCUAAUGCACCUCUGUACACCCAGGAAUAUGCGGUGUAUCUUUAACUUUUUUAAGUGAGACCAACUUUAUUGCCUUUGUUCAGGAGGUUUUUCUUUUCUUCCUUCACAGAUGCUGGAUUUUGAGUCCGUGUCGUCGUACAGGUUUAAGAUCAAAGUUUCUGAUGAUGGAACACCCAGUUUUUCUGCUUUUACAGAUGUCGUUGUCUCGGUGCACGAUGUCAACGACCUUCCUCCAAUCUUUUCCUCUCCUGUGUUCGAAGCAGUAGUCUUCUUACCAACGUACUCUGGUUCUGUUAUAACCACAGUCACAGCUGCAGACGGAGACUCCCAACCUCUCACUAGCCUUACAUACUCAAUUGCCACGCCAUCUGUCACGCACAUCUUUGAUAUUUCCCCAAGACAAGGUGUUAUAACCGUGAAAAACUCUUCACUCAUACAUCAAGCAGUUUAUCACGUUCAAGUCUCUGUUUCGGAUGGAAACUUUAGUAAUCAAGCCACUGUAAAUAUUGAAUGUAAACCGCUGCCAGUCAGUGAUCUUCAGUUCAGUCAGAUCGAGUACAACGCGUCAGUUGUAGAAGGAAUCAGUACAGCUGCCGACAUCGUUCAACUGCAGACUGUAGGCUACUCAGUCGGUGACACCAUUACCUACUCAGUCGUUGUUCCAUCGCAUUUCUUCGUCAUCUCCGAAAGUACAGGCAUCGUGUCGACGUUGCCAGGAAAAACGUUUGAUCGAGAGACAACAGAUCGAUAUGAAAUCGUUGUCCAAGCUCGGGACGACAGAAAACCAAUGCCUCGAGUAGCUCAGAGUCUGUUGUACGUGAUUGUGGAUGAUGUAAACGACAAUGCACCGAUUUUUACCAAAGAUGUGUAUUUCUUCGUGAUCCAAGUUAGUGCAGAUGUCGGAGCAUUUGUGGGAGAGGUCCAGGCAAGCGACAAGGAUAUCGGCAGCAAUGGUGCCAUCAAGUAUGUGAUUUCCGUUGUUUACAUCGGGAAAGUUAGGGUUGUUUUGUUUUUUGGAAGCUCUUUGAUAGCAUCCAGCUUCUUUCUUUUUUCGUUAUGUUGCUGAUGUAUGUUAUGUUUGUUCUAUCACAGGUACUUUCUCAAAGGAGGAGGGGAAGGCCGUUUCGAGGUCCACUAUGCCACUGGAAACAUUGAAGUCAGCAGGUUGUUAGAUGGCGUAAUAGUUCCCUCUGUCUUUACUCUUGAAAUUGAAGCGCGAGAUGAAGGCGUGGUACGAAUGAGUGCCAAAACUAUUGUGAAGAUCAAGGUCGUGGAUAAAGAAACACCUAUAUUCGACUACUUGAGUUACAGCAAGGUGGUAAGAGAAGAUGUGAAUGUUGGUGAGGAAAUUACCCGAGUACAAGCCAGAAGUCCUGGUGGUGCAGAUAUCUUGUAUACAAUCUUGGCUGGAGAUCCAUAUAAUCAGUUCGCCAUUGAUUUGAAAACAGGUUAGAACUAAGCACCUCAUACAUAACAAAAGGCCGCUAUUUUUAUCCCUGCGUGCACAAUUUCACGUAUUGGAAAACUCUUUGAGCCAUAGCUCGAUUAGAGAAAAUUUUAUGCAGUUAGUUACAAGAGUGUAAAUGCAAUUUGAUAAAUAAGUUGUUGGUACUGUUACGUGUACUGGGUUUCAUCAGAAAAGAGACACGAGUUCGUUUUACGUCAAAUUAAUAUCGUUUGGUUUUUGCUUGUAAAGGUCUUCUCAUAUCUUUAUUUGAUUUAACUAGGAGUUCUGACGGUAGAAUCCUCUCUGGACUACGAGGUUCGGACUAGCUACCAGCUUCUUGUGCGUGCUACUGACGAAUCGACGACGUCUUACGGAGAAAUCACAGUGCUUAUCACCAUCACUGAUGUCAAUGACAUCGCUCCACUGUUUAACCAAUCACUGUAUCUGGCGACUAUUCCUGAAGACACUCCGACUGGUACCUCGGUGGUUUCCUUCACAGCGUUCGAUAGAGACUCGGGAGUUAAUAAGCAGCUAAGUUACCGACUGGAAACAUUGAAUUCCCAUAAUGAUAGCAAAACAAGUGAGUUCUUCGUCAUCAGCCAGGCAACAAGUCAAAUAGUAGUUGCGAAGAGACUGGAUUACGAACAGAAUAUAGUCCAUGAAUUGAAACUGAUCGUUACAGACGGUGGGACUCCCCCGCUGACUGGAGAGGCUCGUGUGCGCAUUGUGGUCGAAGACGCAAAUGAUAACCCGCCCAGUUUUGAACAGAACAGCUACGCCACGUCCAUUUCAGGCAGUGCGGGGCCUGGAUUCUUUGUUACACGCGUGAUAGCCAGUGACCCGGAUGACGAUGACGUUGGCAAACUACGUUACUUGAUUAAAUCCGGACACGGAAAAGAAUAUUUCCAAAUAGAUUCAACGUCCGGUGUUCUGACCAUCUCAAAGCAUGUCGGUUUUGAACGCGGUAAGGUGUAUGACCUUAGUGUUGAGGUAACGGACGGGAAAUCAUCAGCGGUGACCAGUGUACGGGUGGUGAUCGGCGACACUAACGAUCACAGUCCAGUAUUCGAUCAAGAAGUCUACCCUGUGGACUUCUACGAGAAUUAUCCACCAGGAACAUUUGUCACCAUGGUUACUGCUACCGAUUUAGACUCUGGUGAUUACGCCCGUGUCAGGUAUUCCAUUGACGACGUAGACGCCGCUGAGAAGUUCAUGAUUGAUGGCGAAACAGGAAUGAUUUACAGUAAGAUUAGUUUUGAUCGCGAGAAUUCAUCAGAGGCUUUUUCGUCAAUUCCCGUUCGAGCCUCUGAUGGAGGAGGACGGUUUGGGUUCUGCACUGUACAGGUACGUUUAGCGAAGUUGUGAUGCCCUUCUUGUUAUUAUGACUCCAUUGAAUCUAGAAAUUCAGCUGUAUUUAAAAUGUUAUGAUUGCUCUACCUUUAAAGAAUAUUCGCACAGUAUCCUAUUGGAGGCAGUGGACGCCAUCAUCAUUUUUAACCUAAUUUCUUUAACAUCUUUCCUUGCUUUCAUGAUUUUUCCAAUAUUUACGCACAAUUUUAUUCACUUUGAAUCGUUGAUGACCCUAAGCUAACGUCGAAACGUCGUCGUUGCUCAUUAAGAUAAAGGUAAUAUUAACUGAACCAAUUCUUUACAGGUUAACGUCCUUGAUGAGAAUGAUAACCAACCAAAGUUUGAGCUUCCGCUGUACGAGGUGACAAUCCACAGUUCAACCCCAGUUGGAACUUCCAUCUUGAUGACGUCAGCAAAUGACGCUGACACCGGAAGUAAUGGUGCCUUAUCAUACGUCAUCCUUGGUCACCAGACCCCACCCGUGUUUGAAGUCGAAAAGGACUCGGGAUUCAUAAAAAUUUCUCGGCAGCCCGAAACGAAGACCUACAUGUUCCACGUAUUAGUCAAAGACGGCGGAUUUCCAUAUUUACGGAACACGGUGAAAGUGUCGGUGAACGUGCUAAGGAAGAACGCCAAGAUUUUACAAUUUGAAAAGUCAGUGUACAGAAUCCUUGUGCCCGAAGACCUGAACACCGACGGUAUCAUAACGACUUUAAGAACCUUACUUCCAGGUAGCACACGUCCACGAGUUGGGUUCCAAAUAAUUCCUGGGAAUUCGCCAUCAUCGAAGGGAGAUCACUUCAGUAUUGAUGCUAGCGGUCAGAUUAAACUCAAGCGGCGUUUGGAUUACGAGACAUUGAAAAGAUACGUUUUAGUCAUCGAGGCUAAUUCCUCAGAAAUAUCUCAAGUCGCACGAACUGUGGUAAUUGUGUCAGUGACAGACGUGAAUGAUAACAAGCCUCAUUUCGUGGCCAAUCCUUACAGGGUCAGUAUCCCAGAAAAUAUAAUGGUCAAAUCAAAGGUCUUGAGAGUUUUUGCCGAGGAUUUAGACGACUUCCAAAAUGGAAAAAUAGUGUACGAUUUUGUAACUAAAACAAAUUUGUUUGCUAUUGAUCAGCACACUGGCUGGAUAACAACAGCAGCACCAAUCGAUCGCGAAGUCGCAGACUCUCUUGUGCUGAGAGUCCGCGCCACCGACAAAGGCGAGGUCACACAGCUGUCAGGUUAUACAGUCGUGGAAGUGACUGUGCUGGAUGUCAAUGACUCCCCACCUCAGUUCACUGAGGACAUCUUCACAUUUUCUGUUCGAGAGGACGCCCUAAUUGGUCAAGAAGUCGGCACAUUAACAUCUUUUGACAACGAUACCAAUUCUGAUGUAUACUUCUUUAUCAUGUCUGGCGAUCCUCAAACUAAAUUUGGAAUCGAGCAAAAGACUGGCAAAGUCUUCGUGCACUCUCCACUGGAUCGUGAAUCCGUCUCGUCCUACAAGCUGAAUGUAAGCUGCUCAGAUGGUCUUUUCACCAGCUUCACUACUUUGAUUAUCACAGUCCUUGAUGCUAAUGACAAUGUGCCAGUAUGUACCCAGUCAAUUUCUAUUGUUCAUCUCAGCGAGGACGUGAAGCCUGGUACUGAGGUAAUGAUAGUGGAGGCCACUGACGCGGACGCUGAUGAUAAUGGCAAGUUGAGGUAUUCCGUGUUUGGACAAGGAAUGGGUUUCUUUGGAGUUGAAAACGGAACUGGUGAGUAUCAUAUCCAUAUCACCAAUGAAUGUGCCGUGAUGUUUAAUGUUACAGUUUGUAGUAGCAUUACGUUAUUUUUUUUUUUUUUAGUAGCUUACUGUUGCUGCAUUCUUAUGUCAUAUAUUUGUAGGUUAAAGAUGGCUUUACAGUCACUGCAUUUGAAACAGCUGGUUUGAGCGACUCGAGGCCUAACAAUAUGUCUCAGAUUGGUCGCCUUUGUGGGAUACAAAAAAAGAGAGAGCAGGAAAAUGGAGACGAAAGGUGUGGGGGGAGGGGGGAAGGAAGAGGGGAGGUGUGAGAGGUGUUUGUGGCUGGAAGAGAUUCCUGGUGAACCAACAUUCCAUUCAAGAGGGGCGCUGGAAUGGUUCAUUAGUAUAACUCUUUGCCGACCCGAAAAACUUAACUUUCUUCUCUUUCAUUCUCUCACUAGGUCGUCUUGUAACUGCCAAGUUAUUAGACCGCGAGGUACAGGAAAUGUACAAUUUCAUGGUGUCAGCGGAGGAUCGCGGAGGACAGGCGUGUUUUAGUAACAUAACGGUCCUUCUUGACGAUGUGAAUGACAAUGGACCUGUUUUCAGUCAGUCAGAAUACCGAAAGGCUGUAUACGAGGACGCCCGUAGAAAUAAAGUGCUUCUACAGGUGAGGGCAGACGAUUCCGACUUGGGAAAGAACAGGAAGAUCUCAUAUUCUUUAUUGGACACGGCAGGCGAUACGUUCAGUGUUGACUCCGAGACCGGUGUGAUAACGCUUACGAGCGAUCUUAAUAGAGAGAAGCAAGCGGAGUACGUGUUGACCGUGCAGGCCGAAGACGCGGGUGUCCCCCCUCAGUCAGAAACGUGCAAUGUAGUGAUUCAGGUUUUGAAUAUAAACGAUGUUCCUCCGGAGUUUGCCGAAUCCAGCUACAAAGCCAAUGUGAGCGAAGAUGCUGCAAAAGGUACGAAGAUAACAAAAAUGGAGGCCAUCAGCCGAGAGGCUGGACACGAAGAGUUCUCCUACGAGAUUCUGAAAGGUCCAGAUUCAGACAUCUUUAAAAUUGACAAGAAAACAGGAGAUGUUACUUUGGAAGGAAACCUGGAUUUUGAAACAAGGAAGAGUUAUUCGUUGACAAUUCAGGCGAGUGAUGUUGGUCCGCCAGUUCUGACUACAACUUGUUCACUGAGUGUGAUAGUCACUGAUGCUAAUGAUCACGUCCCUAAGUUUGGACAAGAUCUUUACACCGCUAGAGUGGACGAGAACUCUGAUUUGGAUUCGUUUGUACUUCAAAUGUUCGCCACAGACCUUGAUAGCGGUUCCAACCGAGAUAUCCGUUAUUCCAUCGUGAAAGGAAACGAUGCAGAUAAGUUCAAAAUUGAUGACAUCACUGGCGUAAUCAGCAUCAAGGGGCAUGUCGAUCAUGAAUCUGCCUCUAAGUACACUCUAACAGUGCGUGCUCAGGAUAAGGGGAUACCUCCUUUGUCAGCAGAGACCCAAGUUGAACUUAGCAUCAACGACCUGAAUGACAACCCGCCUGAAUUCACUAACACAAAUUUUACUGUCUCUGUCAGUGAGUUAGCCGCCAUAGGUACUACUGUCAUCUUUUUACGGCCUCAUGACCGUGAUGGUCCUGGGAAUAAAGGUCCAUUUACUUUCAUGAAAAUUAAAGGCGACGAAACGAAGUUUAAACUGGAAAGGGACGGUCUGAUAACCAAAGCAGGACCUUUGGAUCAUAGAGAUAAGGAACACAAGUUCGAGAUCCGCGUGUUCGACAGUGGCGAGCCACCGAAGUACACGGACAAGACACUCACUAUCAUUGUAGUUGAGGGCAUUUCGCAUCCUCCAGUCGUGGAGCCGCUAACCGUUUACCUCAAAUUAUAUAGUUCGCAGUUUAACGGUGGUGUCAUCGGAAGUGUCAAAGGAACUGAUGCCGAUGGGGACCCUCUGACGUAUUCGAUUGUUGCGCCUCGUUCUGGUAGCCCCUUCACGAUAACAAACAGUGGAGUGAUCAGUGCCACUUCUAACGUUCCAAGUCGAAUCUACAAUCUGAAUGUCAGUGUAUCCGAUGGCAAGUACCUCACUUAUGUUCCAGUGAAAAUUGUUGUGUCAGAUAUAACUGAAGACAUCCUGCGACAUUCCCUGACUCUGCGCCUGUCGGCUCUUAGCCCGGGAACAUUCGUGGAGAGGAACCUGGGCAAGUGCAGAGACUACUUGGGAUCCCUGCUUAAUGUUCCUACUGAGAAUGUCCAUAUAUGGAGCCUGCAAUCUUCUGACACAAGUUUGGAUGUUGUAUUCGCUGUUAUGAAGCGAGUCAAGGUAGGACUUACCUCUAUGACGAAGGGAAUUCGAUUGAGCAAAUUUUUCGUGGAAUGAAUUUUAAAACAUCUAUAUUUUGAUAUCGACGGAGAAUCGAAGGUCAUUUAAAGCCUAAACAAGGGUUUCUUAUUAAAAUUCGAGUUUUAGGUGUCGAAAUUGUUCGAUCUAUGUAUGAUUUCACGUCAAAAGUCAUUGGGAACAGCAUUGGUUUCCCAUUUCUUUGCUCUGUGAUUAAUCUCGCGCCAUCCUCUCAAUUAAUUAUAUACAAAAAUAAAAUAAAUUGCGACUUGCUUUUUUCACAUCAAUGCCGCACAUGACGAACUUGUUUUUACUUUAAGUUCUCAUUGGCUCCUUGUAAUAUUUAUCGUUGUUCUGAUUGGUGGAAGUGCUUCCUGUUCACUUUGAUGAUGUGAUUUCUCACUGUUCCUCUUCAGGGUUUCUACGCAUCUCAGCACAUCGCACACAAGCUGAAUUCUUCCCGUGGUGACUUCCAGAGAGUUGUAGGAGUCCAAGUAGGGUACAUUGGUGUCAGCCAAUGCCCUCUAAUGCACUGCCCCGAAAACUACUCAUGUCAGACGGUCUAUAAACCACAGAACAAGCAAAUAAGAAUCAUGUCUGAAAGAACCACUUACACUUCUUAUGAACACAGCAGAAGUCAUGCUUGUAUGUGUAACCGCGACGCUGGUAAGAUCAUGAGGAAAUUGGUCGUGUAUGAUUCAUUUGGUCGAAUUUAAUAUUAUUGGUGGACCUUACCCUUAAAGUUUUUAACUCCCUUAGAAUGAAUCACUGUUUAACUACUUUUUUGCUAGUUUACUUUGAGGCUGUGAGUAGGAACCUUUAAGUUUUGCAUUAUUUCUGCUUCUUAUUUAAAUCAAGGAUUCUCUGUAUCAUGUAAAAGUGGUAGAAAUUUAGAUCCCCUUUCUCCGCUGGUCACAUUCUGCAUUUAACUAAUCGUGUGAUAACUCAUUCCCAGGCUGCGCAAGUGGUAAAUGUGCGUCCAAUCCGUGUCCUGCUGGUUAUGAGUGCGCCGACUUUCCCUUGGGGUUCCAGUGUAAGUGCGUUGAUUCAUCCAAGUGUCAACCUGACAAACCGGGCUGCGAAGAUCAAUCCUGCAUAAUAGGUAUCUUCCACGAAAUCGUACCUUUUUUCGUAAGAUUAAUUUCAUUAAAACAGAUAUUUAUAGCAAAACUCAAGCAAAGUCGAAAGAGACAUUACAAGGAGAGCAUUUAGUGAUGCAUUCGUUGUUUUUUUUUACAGGUAAUAAUGCCAUAUCGUUUGGAGGUGAUAGUUACAUCCGCUAUAAAUUGAAGCAGUCAUUCGAUGAACCAAGCCGCUCUAUUAGUCUUGCUCUCAAGACCACUGAACCUCGAGGAACAUUGGUGUGGGCCGCUGGACAGUAUGACUACAGUAUUCUAGAGGUAUGUCUUAUGUGUGCUCAUUAAUUAUAUAUGAACAUGUCACGUUUGUCUAGAGAAAGAAAUCUUUCAGAAGCAAAGGUUUCUAAAUCCAACAUGGGUUUGAAAAGUUUAAUGUAAUCGAUUAUAUCCGUGAUCUUUGUUUUUACAGAUUGUGAACGGCCGUCUUCAGUUACGCUUUGAUUUUGGCAGUGGGGCCGGGGUUGUAAACUUAGACUGGGCCCGAGUGGACGAUGGUAAAUGGCAUCACGUGGCAAUCAUGCGGCAAGGUAACCACGCCACUUUAAUUCUGGAUCAGGGUCGUCACCGCGCCUGGAACAAAUCUCCUGGGAAGAUGAGAAUACUGAAUCUUGAUGAUAACGCGAUUUACUUCGGCGCCAAAGUUGUUAAAUCAAAGACUAGGAGGGAUCUCAACAAUCAAGGUGAGAAGAAUUGUUUACAGCUAGAAGUGCAGCAUAAUUGAUUCAUAGUGCUUUCGACUUUGUAACCAGGUGUUACUGUUUUCGUUCGACAGAACUUAGAUAUGAAAUUGUGUCACUUGGCACAUGAUGAUAAUAACAAUAAUAAUAAUAAUAUUGACCAUAAUAACAAUAAUAAUAAUAAUAAUAAUAAUAAUAAUAAUAGUAGGAUUUAGCAGUGGACGUUCCCCAAAGUGGCUCUUCUUUUCUUCUUCUUCUCGUCCACUGUACGCAUGUAAGUAAGUUGAAGUCACGUGCUUCCCACGUCACUUACGCACCCUCUGAGGAAAAUUACCGCAUUCUGAAGUGAAGGAUUUGAGGUACAGUAAUUAACUAAAAAAAUUUUCUUUACAGGUCAUUUAGUCGAGGAUGGCUUCAAAGGUUGUCUUCAAAAUUUGAAUUUGAACAACCAGGACCUGCCCAUGUCUGGCUCAAACAGUUACGUAGCUGCCGAACCAUUUAAUGCGGUACCUGGCUGUCAGUUAUCAGGUGGAUGCCGCAUCAACACCUGUCCACGUGACAGCACAUGCAUAGAGACCCUGACAUCGAAGAAGUGCGAGUGUCUGCCUGGUCAUUCAGGUUCAGAUUGCCGUGCAUUUGUGGACUGUGGUGUCAAGCCUUGUCAGAAUGGUGGGACAUGCGUCCCUCAUCCAACAGACCGAUACCAGUGUAGAUGCAAAGACGGUUACUCAGGUACACAAUGUCACAUCUACACUGGUCAUUGCGCCAGUGCGCCUUGCAGAAAUGGCGGAAGCUGCAUUCCAAGCGGCGAGAGUGGCUUUAUUUGCACAUGCCCAGCGGGAGUUCAAGGAAAGACUUGCGAGCAAGACACAAGGCCCUGUUCGUCUAACCCAUGCGCAAACAACGCGAAUUGCACCAACCAUGGUGAAUCUUACAAAUGUCAUUGUCGCGCUGGCUUUUCUGGGGAGAUUUGUGAUGAAGGGUAUCGCUGCAGUAAAGAUUCCCAUUGCCAAAACGGAGGGACAUGCGAAGAAAACCAGAAGAAUGGUGCUGCAGUCUGCCGUUGCCUUCAGGGUUAUACGGGGGCUGAUUGUUCUGAAGAUGUUGACGAGUGUGCCAGUUCCCCUUGCAAAAAUGGAGGCGUGUGUGUGAACCAAUUGGGAAACUUUGCAUGUAACUGCUCUGCAAGCUCUCAUGGUGGAAAACUUUGUGAGCUAGUGCUCACUAGUAUUGAGGCCCGACGCGGCUGGCCAUUGGGACAGACAGAAAUCAUUGGAAUUGCUGUAGUGCUCGCAGUUAUUCUGCUCAUUGUAUUCCUUGUUGUAAUUUUCCUUCGACGUCGAGCCAAACGAAGACGAGAAAAGCGUGAACAAGCUGGAGCUGUUAGCACGUCGGUUUUAAAGGUCUCCCCACCCGUGGUAGGCUCAGAAGUCACAUCUCCAGAGCCUCCCACUCCUCCCCCAAGGGAAGUCCAUGGUUACAAUGUAGAUGAUCUCGGUAUGCCUCCUGGGUACGAUGCGGAGGACUCUUGGCGCAGGCGUGAGAAAGUUCGAAAGGAUUUCGGGACCAUGAAAACGUUGACUUCUUUAUCUGAUAACAAUCUACCUGGCUACCAGUGGGACUACACGGACAUCCCUGCUGACCUAGUUCCUAGGACUCCCUUGUCAAAAGAACAUUCAGGUAGCUAUAGUGGUUCUCCGGACUGUGCAACAUUUGCUCCGGAAGUACCACAGAGGCCGUCAAGUUUUAGAUCUUCACAGGGUUCUCUUGAUGUGCCGGAGGUUCCUAAGAGGCCAAGGAAUUAUAGAGUAUCAGAAUCAGAGGACGGAUACACAGACGUCCCGCAUGUUCCUAAAAAGCCCAUGGAAUACACAAAUCCUAAGGGUAAAUCAGCCUCACGGUACUCUAUGGACUCCCGCUUCUCUGAAUUCUCAGAUGCCACAGAUCUUGAUCCAGACAUCUUUAAAGGGCGAUUCCCACGCCCUCCAAGAGAGCCUUAUCCAGAAAGUCUGGAUCAACUUCCCGUGGGAUCAUACGCGCCAACACUUACAGCGCGGGGCUCGGAGCUGGGAAGUGUCACGGACGGAAUGUACUCAGAGGACGAUCUGGAGCAGGUUUAUCUUGGGAAUCGAAUGGAGGUGUGCGAUGAUUCACCGGAGAAUUCCUACCUGCACUCCGAGAAUUGCUCAGAAGAUGAAGAUGAUGAUUACCAUCGUGACAGAUACGCCCGCGCGGCUACACCCGACCCAGAGUUCCACAAAGAAUUACAAAGAGAGAUCAAGGAGAUGAUGAACGAGCUAGAAGAACUAAAGUUAGAAUCUGAAAUCUGACAGACUAAAAACUAAUAUUUGAUUAUCGUAGUUGAUGAACCUCUGUCUUGGAAGUUUUAGCAAUGGAAUCGAAAAGAAGUAGAGUAACUUAUGAGAGAAAGGGGACCCAGUGUCUCUUGAGUUCAAAGUUCUCAUCCUUAUCCAGCUCUACUCAUUUGGUAUAAGCCACUUGUAUUCUCUUAAAAUCUGUGUUAUGCAAACCCUUGUUUUAUUUUGAUCAUUAAGACAAUGAUUCAUUUUCUGGAAGCUCUUUGUUCCAACUUUUUUUGAUAAAAGACAUUGGAAACCUUUCAUUUCUCUACAAAGCUAGUAUUUGCAGUAUAAAGCUAAAGAAAAUUGCAUUGACAUUUAGAAAUUGAAGAUUUUAUUAGAGGUUAAGGUUUAAGAAUCUGUUGACAUAAACUUGCAAAGUUUGAAAUAUGUUGGAUAACAAUGUCGGUUUUAAAAGUUUUCUUGCGAAGAGACAGAAUUUAUAGUCCGCUUUACCUUCAGGCUGACAAGAUUAUUCAAAUUUACAUCAAAUGAUUAGACCUUUUAUUUUGAAUUUCAUAGAAAUGCUCUUUUGAAGGCGUUAAAUUAUAUUUUGAUAAUUUUUUACAGUUUUUUUAAUCGAAAUUUUUAGAUUUGCAUAUGUUUCGCAGGGCGAUUUUUUUCGAUCAUGUUUAAAAUAUUUAAAAUCUUUUACUAUACAAACGAUUAGGCAUGUUUCCGAGAUUAUAACUUGUAAAAUGUUAUUUAUCAGAUUGUAAGUAAUCCAAGAGCAAACUAGGUAAGAAACACAAUCUGUGGGUCUGCCACAAGAUGUAAUUUAUUUUUAUAUGCUCUUCUUACUGACAGCUAUUGACUUGGAGUCAAAUUAGUAUCUUUCAUAAAGAAAUUUUUACUCUUUUUAAGUCUUUAAGCUUUGUAAUAAACUUUUCAAAAUACUGGCU